AUGCUCAUGAGCGGGGCUUCGAUCGUGAAGCAGGGCAUAGUGCGCAACCUACGAUCCGCUACGCAACAGCUACAACCAUGUGGAGUCGACCUCUCUUUACGCCGCGUCUUGGCCUGGACUUCACCUGCCACAAUCGACUUCGAUAAUUCACAUCGACAGGCCGCCAAUACCUCGGAGCUGCGUUUUGACAAAGAUGCCGAGACUAUCAAACUACGCCAGGGGGUAUAUCUUGUCGAAUUCAACGAGACUGUCUCUGUCCCAUUGGAUUAUAUGGGCCAGGUGUUUGUUCGGUCGUCACUGUGGCGGUCCGGCGCUACACUUACGGCGGGUGUUGUGGAUGCCGGUUACGAGGGCGCUCUUGGUGCAUUGCUCGAUAUAAAGAAUCCAGCUGGCAUCGUUCUUCACAAAGAUGCCAAGCUAGGGAAGAUAGUGAUGCAUCAGUUGGAAGAGAAGGUUGCAGGUUAUUGUGGUAUUUAUCAAUUUUCGGGGAACAGCCUGGGACGCGAUGGACCUCGAAAAAGAUGA